GGCGCCCUUGAGGUGGCCCAUCGCGAUGCCUGUCCAACGUCUAACGGAGUAGAUAUGCAAACAAGUUGGUUUGCUGAGGAGAAAUUUGACGCUCAAGGGAAAGAGAAAAGUACAAAAACCGACGAAGAUGCAAAUCUGUGGUUCCUCAGCAGUCUCAUUCUGUCCCACCUAUUACCUCUUCAGACUUUACUUCCGGCAUCUGAAUCCAAUCUGCGUUGCAAUGAGUCAGAACCCCGACAACACGUUCCUUGCCCUUUCCACUAUUUGCUGCGGAGUGGGCCCUGGCGGGUCCACUUCUAUGGUUGCGAAGGUCUCCCUCGUUGACUAUCGAGGAAGUACUGUUCUUGAUGUAUAUGUGCGUCCGACAAUGCCGGUGACCGACUACAGAACGACCACCACCGGAAUUGAGCAGAAGCACCUGAACUCAGACUCGGCAAUGCCAUUUAACACCGUUCAAUCUAUGAUUGCCGAGCGUAUUAAGGGUAAGGUUCUCGUGGGUCAUUCACUUUGGCAGGAUUUAUCAGUUCUCGGCAUCCCGCAUCCGGCUGUCGCAACAAGGGAUGUAGCAUUAUACAUGCCAUUCAGAAAUGCAGUGCAGUCCCCUAACCAGAUAGUUGGCCUGUCCACUUUGGUGUGGAAUCUAAUGCGCAGACGCAUUCAAUAUGGGAAGCUAGAUUCCAUUGAGAAUGCGAGAGCUGCCCUCGACUUGUAUCGUUCUGACGCCACAGAUUGGGAAGCUUGCAUAGCAAAUUCCAAAUGGCCGUGUGCUCUACCACCCAGCACCUUCUCGAGAUGCUAUCUGUGACUCUAGGACGUCCUUACUAGCUAGAGAGGCACUCUGAACGCUGCAUGCAACUUUUCC